CCUAGCAACGGCUAUAUACAAUCUGUUACAAUUUAUCCAUCUGAAUUUGGUUUAGAGAGAAUGAAAGAAGAGGAGUUUCAGGGACCUAAAGAAUUAACAGAAAAACCUGAUGAUGAUAUAGAUCAAACAACAGAUGAAGCUCAAGAAGGUGAUCGAUUUCAUAGAGAGAAGUUACGACAAUAUCAGAUUAAUCGUUUAAAGUAUUAUUAUGCUGUUGUUGUCUGUGAUUCUGUUGCCACGGCUACUAAAUUAUAUGAUGAUUGUGAUGGAAUAGAAUUUGAAACAAGUUGUACGAAAGUUGACAUCAGGUUUAUUCCUGAUGGUAUGACCUUUGACCAGGAAGUGAAAAGUGUGUGUACAGGAGUUGAAAAAUACAGACCUAAUUAUUUUGCUAACUCUGCACUUGGUAGAAGUUCGGUGAAGUUAACAUGGGAUGAUAAUGACCACGACAGACUACGUGUGACCAUGAGUAAAAUAGACCCCAAAAAACUAGACACAAUGGAGAAAGAUUAUGAAGCUUAUAUCGCUUCAAGCUCCGAUGAUGAAGGCCCAAAACUGCCAGGUUCUGAUAGUUCUGACUCUAAUAGUGAUAGUGAACAAGAUGAAAGUCGCAUAGCCAAAUACAGACAAUUAGUACAGGAAUUAGAUGAUAAAAAGACCAAGAAAGACGAGGAUGUAGAAAUGGAGAUAACAUGGGAACCAGGUUUAAAAGGUACGACAGAAGCGUUAGUAAAACAAUCUGUAGACGCAGAGAAGACGGUGACACCAUGGCAGAAUUUCUUACAGAAGAAAAAAGAUAAAAAGAAACAGAGAAAUAAAGAUCGGAAAGCAGCGAGAGAAAAAGCAAAGAUUGAAUGUGGUGAUAUACCAGAAGAAAAGGCAGCAUUUAGUGAUGAUGAAUUACCUGAAGGGGUGGAUAUUAAUGAUCCUUAUUUUAAAACAGAAAAUAAAGACAUAAAAAAGGAGAAGAAGAAGAAAGGGAAAAAGGAAGAAUUAACAGAAGAAGAAUUAGAAAAGAAAAAACAGGAGGAGGCCAAACUAAAACUGUUAAUGAUGGAUGAUGAAGACCAACGACAUCACUUCAGUUUAGAAAAAUUACUCAAAGAUGCGAAGAAGAAAAAGAAGAAGAAAAAUAAAAAGAAGAAUUUAGACGAUGAGGAAGUGAAUGAAAAGACGGAUAAUUUUCAGGUUGAUGUUUCUGAUCCCAGAUUUUCGGCCAUGUUUGAUUCACAUCUUUUUAACGUUGAUCCGUCGGCACCCGAAUUCAAGAAAACAAAAGGAUCAGAAGUUUUUAUCAGUGAGAAACAAAAACGUAGACAAAAAGAAGGAUAUUCAAAGGUUUCACGAAAGCGAAAAGCAGAAAGUGACGACUUAUUGACUUUAAAUGAAUCUUCAACACCCAAAGAGUCGCUUUCCACACUUGUGAACUCAGUGAAAGCAAAAACUCAAAAAUUUCAAGAGAAAAAGAAAAAAGGAUCUUGAUAGCUGUACUAGUCAUUAUAAAAUCUUUGUUGAUUGUAAAUACAGAAAAUAAAUAUAAUUUACUUUAAAA